UCAGAGAUAGCAGAGCGAACAAGCAGGAUUUCGGCAUGGCCGCAGACACGCAGACGAGUCUGCAAAGGCAAACGAGACGGCUUAGAAGACAGCAUGCGCUGCUGCUGGCUUGUCUUGUUUUUCCGGCGCAGCUGCUGAACUGGACCUUGGGCCAGGGCGCUGCCCGAAACGGGCCGGCGCGCGUGGCUCGGCAUGCGGAGACAGACAUCGUGGUGUCCCGGAAGGUGCCCAUCAUCCCGCGGCCGCAGAAAGGUCCCCGGCCCAUCAUGGAGCUGCCGUACCACCAGCGGCCCCAUGUGCCGGACGGGGCGGACCGGCGCCCGGGGCCCGUGAGGGGUCUGGUGCUGAAGGGCUCGCUGGUGGACACCCUGGACUCGGGAGUGGAUGAGAACCAGCGUGGCGGGCUGAAGGGCCGCUACGCUGAGGAGAUUGCGGAGCACCUCGCCUUCCGCAGAUCUCUGGUCGCGCAGGGUAUCCGGGAGAAUAUCACGGUCCUUUGGGACCACGACAAUUUCGAGCUUCCCGAGGUCUACGAGCUUCGGCCGCUGGCGGCUUUGAACCGGUACUGCGCCUGGAUCGCCGGCCUGCUGAACGCCACGGUGACGCGGAUAGAAACAGUCCAGUUUACGAGAUACUCGGCUCCGCCAACGUGGGAGUACAUCAAGGGCGUGCAAAAUCUCUUUGUCAGCCUGCGGCAGUUUGGCGGAGUUGUGCACAGGGCAUGGCCUCCCAUGACGGACCGCACGGAUUCCAUCUUCUUCGAGAGGUUCAGACACCACUUGGACCUCAUGGCGAACGGAGGCCCGAGGUCCAUUUUGUGCCUGAUGUCGGAGGAGAAGGGCUACCAGGCCAUGAUCGAGGCCGCGCAAAGCGAGGGCGUCACUGUGGUCCGCAUUGGCAAAAACGGCUUGAUAACUUACUAUCCAGGCGCCCACGACUUCAGCGUGCCGGUCUUCUGGGAAAGGUGGCGCCUCGCCCAAGAGCAGCUCUUCGACUUCAAGCUGGACCCCUUUCGGCCGGCAGGGGAGUGGCGCCCAGAGGAGGGCCCCAAGAAGUGGCACGACGGCCCUGUCCAGCUGGAGCCCUACGGGCCCGAGGAGGAGCUGGACCGCCGGGUCUUUCAUGAUUUCGUGGACAAGAAGAUGUACGAGGUGAAGGGCAGUCUAGCACUGGGAACCUGGUCCCGCCCGGGCUACCGCCUGAACGACACCUUGCGCAUGGCCUUCGACCGCGCCAGCAGCAAGGCCUUGGCCAAGGAGAAGAAGCACGUGCCCUUCAACACCGGCGCCAGGUUCUUCAACGAGGACUUGGAGCGUCUCAUGGAGGUUGGCCCCGAGGCGACCCAAGCCGCGCGCGAAGACCUGGAGUCGCUGGGCCAGGACAAAGAGG